UUUUAUUUUUAUUUGAAAUUUAAAAUGAUUCUUGAUUUUACAGGAUGUGAAUCACUAGAAAAACUAGAUUUAACUCUAAAUUUCAUAGCAGAGUUAACAUCGAUAGAAAAUCUUAAAAAUAAUUAUAAUUUAAGGGAGUUAUACUUAACAGGUAAUCCUUGUACUGAUUAUGAAGGAUAUAGGGAAUAUGUUGUUGCUACGUUAUUGAAAUUAGAGAACUUAGAUGGAAUGUCUAUUUCUAAAUCAGAAAGAAUUCAAGCACUUCAGAAUUAUUCAAAAAUCCGACAGAAAAUCCUUCAUCAGCAAGAACAAUAUAUCCAAAAUAAAACUAAAUCAACGACAACUACUAGUAGUGAAGAAAGCUCGGAUGAUGAUGAUAAUGAGAACGAAGAAAAGAAAUCGAGGUUUUGGAAUCAGAGUACGGAAUUUACACCAGAAUCCCGAUUAAAAAUUCAUAAACACAUUGAAAAAGAAAAGAGAAGAAGCGUGAAAAUAGAAGAAAAUAAAAAUAUAAAAAACUGUCCUCCUAUUUUGUUCAAUAAGAGUGGAAGACCUUUAAAUAUUAAUCAAGCUAAAUUGGAUUUUGUAUUAACAGAUGACGAAGAAAAUAACCAAUUUCUCUUAGAUCUGGCUGUUUAUAAGUUUCUGGAUACAUCACUGUUAGAUGUUGAUGUGCAACCUUUUCAUGUGAGAGUUUAUGUCAAGCAAAAAGUCUUUCAGCUUUGUCUUCCUGAAGAGGUUUUUACUAGCCGUUCUAAAGUUCAAAGGUCCCAAACUACAGGACACCUUCUUAUAACUAUGCCAAAGACUAAAGAAUUAUUGAAGAAGGAAAAGAAAGCUUGGAAUAAUGAAAAGAAAAAAGAGAAAUAUUUAGAAGUUACUGGGAGAAUUAUUGAUGAUAUUGAUAAAAUUGCAUCGAACCAUUCAAAAUUUUCCUCAAAGAAGAUUUUAUGUGAUGAUUUUAUAGAUGAUCCUGAUGUACCACCUUUGAUUUAAAUGCCUCUUCUUGAAACUGUCUUUGGAUUUUCAUCUUUGUUCCACUCUUAAUAUAAAAUUUUAUAUUUAUAAAGAGUAUUUGUAUAAUAUAAUUCAAAUAAAACACGAAUU